UGCGUCAGUGCCUCUAUGAGUUCAAGGUUACCCCAAUUCGGGUGUUUUUGCUCUGGGACAAUUUCAUUCGAUCCGUGUGUAAAGUUUUCCUUCACGUGUCGCGCUAAAUAAAUAUGGUCACAACGUGAUUUUUGCUUCAUCCCGCCAAUAAAGCACUUUCCAAGUGAUUUUUGGCUGAUUGAUGUGCGAAAAAAUUGUCUGUGAGCUCUGUUGACAUAACAGUUCUCGUGGCUUUCAGUGAAAUUAAUGAAAUAUUUCAUGCCAAAGUGAAAGUUGGAUGAAGAAGUUUUGCGAGAAUGUUGACUAUUGAUCAUGGGAUGUCUUAUCAAUUUGUAGAAAUUGGGGAAAAGUGCUGAGAAGAUUGAAAUGUUUGAAUUUAUUUGGCUAAAAAUCGAGAUCGUGAAGUUUUCAAAGCCCAAAUCUCGUGUGUGAACAGCAUGCAAAUUCACUUUUUGCCGUAUUCCAUCGCAUUCCAAUGAAAUUAUCUCGUUAUGGGGAAUUCCCACGAAGAAAAGACAUUUGCGGUACCAAUUAAUAGAGAAUCCCAACCAGCAGAGACAAAACGAUGGGACUUUUUGUGCAAGUUAAUCACAUUAAAUAGGCGGAGACACAAAUAUGGGCUUUCUCAUACCGCAGCGCGUCGUUUUGGCCAUCAUGGGCUUCCUGGCCAUCGCCAAUGCCUACACAAUGCGCAUCUGUCUCUCCGUGGCCAUCACGGAGAUGGUGAAGAAGGACUAUGAGAACAUCACAGGCGACGGCCAGGACUACUGCCCAGCGGACCCGUCCGGCGGUGACGAUGGCGGCGGUGGAGACUUUGAGUGGAGCGAGGAGCUGCAAGGACUCAUCCUGUCCGCCUUCUACUGGGGUUACGUCGUAACUCAUCUUCCUGGAGGACUUUUGGCCGAGAAGUUCGGCGGGAAGUACACUCUGUCGCUGGGAAUUUUUUCAACAGCCAUCUUCACCCUCAUCACGCCAGUCACCAUCAAUUGGGGCGGCUCCACGGCUCUGAUCGUCUUGAGAUUCCUCGAGGGUCUGGGCGAGGGCACGACCUUCCCCGCCCUGUCGGCUCUUCUGGCACAGUGGAUUCCGCUGAAGGAGCGCAGCAAAUUGGGCUCACUCGUGUUUGGCGGCGGCCUGGUCGGCACUAUUGUUGGCAACUCCAUAUCUGGUGUCCUUUUGCACAACAUCGACGGCUGGGCCUCGGUGUUCUACUUCUUUGGCGGUCUGGGCGUUCUCUGGUUUGUCCUCUUCGUCGUCCUGUGCUACAGCAAUCCCGAGAGCCAUCCUUUCAUCACGGACGAGGAGAAGGCGUACCUGAAGGAGGAGCUGGGCUCCCUGGAGCGCGACAAGAGCCUCCCGCCCACGCCAUGGCGCGCCAUCUUCACCAGCGCCCCCAUGUUGGCGCUUAUCUGCGCCCAGGUGGGUCACGACUGGGGCUUCUUCAUCAUGGUCACCGACCUGCCCAAGUACAUGAGUGACGUGCUGAGGUUCUCCAUCAAAGAGAACGGCAUCUACUCCUCACUGCCAUACGCUCUCAUGUGGAUCGUCGCCAUCCUCACGGGCUUCCUCAGCGACUGGUGCAUCGCGCGCAGGUUCCUGUCCAUUACGGCGGCCAGGAAGUGGUUCACCGGUAUCGCGGCCGUCGGUCCGGCCAUCUUCAUCGUUGCCGCGUCCUACGCCGGCUGUGACCGGACUCUCGUGGUCAUCCUCUUCACUAUCGCCAUGGGCAUCAUGGGCACCUUCUACCCGGGCAUGAAAGUCAACCCUCUGGACCUGAGUCCCAACUACGCCGGCACCCUCAUGGCCAUCACGAACGGUAUCGGUGCCAUCACGGGUAUCCUGGCGCCGUACGUGGUGGGCGUGAUGACGCCCAACCGCAGCAUAACAGAGUGGCGACUCGUCUUCUGGAUUGCUUUCAUCAUCUUCGUCGUCACGACGGUCGUCUACUCGAUCUGGGCUUCCGGCGACGUGCAGCCCUGGAACACGCCGCAUCUGAUGAACAAGUCCGUUGAGCACGGCGACGCGGAAGAGGAAAAGGACGGCGAGAAGAAGCUCAAGCUGGAACUGAACCUCAAGGCGGAGAAAGUGGAGAAGCAACUCUAAACAGAAUUUUCCCAUAGCAUGCCAAGUGAUUGAGGCACAGAGUGAGGGUUUAGGUCAAGGCUUAGGCUUCAAAUCAUACGUGAAUCGAUGACGUACGCGUAGUGUGUAAAUAUUGGUGAAGAGAUAUAUUGUGAGCUCUUACAGAGACGUAAAUAUAGGUCUUAACGCCGAGAGAUUAAGUUAAAUACGUAGAACAUGAAUAUUUACAACAUACUUAAAGUCUAUAAGAUCUAGUAUAUAGUACGACUUAAAUCUGUUUUGAACUACGUAAAAUAUUGUUAAAGACUUUCGCUUAAUGGACAUUUAGAUAGGUGAAUUAGGCAAAACUCCAGUGCUUUACCUGUAAACCCGUAAAAUUUCCGCCUAAACCUAAACCUUCAUUGUGUGCUUGGGUGUAUUGGACGACAAAUCGCCACUAGGUUAAGUGAUGAAACAGCCGAAAAGACUUGAUUUUCUUACAAGACAAACCACAGUUUGUACUGAAGAUGCUGAAGUGGUGCGACGCGCGCCUUCAUACGUAAAUAAUAAUGUAUCAAGGAUGUCAUGUCAAUGUACAUAAAAUGAAAAGAGUGAAUAUUUAAUGCCUUGAACGUGUGCAUUUAUCUAGGAGACAAAUAGAGACGAUAGAGUGGCUAUUUAGCAGUAUUAGAACGACUUCUUCAAGAUGUACACUUCUCUCUAUAUGUAUAUUGUGUGGAGAAUAGACGAAAUAUAUACAUAUGUAGCAGC